AUGACGGUGGCAUCAGCACUGGAAGCCUUGAAUGACGUGCUUGCCAGAUACAGCCAUUUACCUGCCCCCAUUACCGACGCUGUUCAAAAACUGUACCUUGCGAAAUCAACAAAGAAGAAGAAGAAGAAGAAGUACGUUACCGAUCUAGGGACCAUUGGGCAGCGUGUCGAGGGAGGACAGUCUGAAACUAGCAAGGGAUCGGGUUUGCCAGAGUAUGACAUUAUUAUUGUCGGCGGAGGCACCUCUGGCUGCGUACUGGCCGCACGUUUGACUGAGAAUCCAAACAUACGUGUUUUGCUGCUAGAGGCUGGAGGAAGUGGCCGUGCGAUCCCUGAAAGUCGCAUUCCUGCAGCAUACAGUCAACUAUUCUACGUAAAGAAACAUGUUCACGCAUUUUGGACCGAAGCUCAGUCAUUUGCAAAUGGCGCCAAGAAGUUUUGGCCUAGAGCCAAAAUGCUGGGUGGAUGCUCGUCUAUCAAUGCACAAAUGGCACAAUAUGGAGCCCCCGGAGACUUCGACGAAUGGGCGUCUAUAAUCAAAGAUGAAUCUUUCGCAUGGAAAAACUUUUCUCGUUCCUUCCGCAAGUUCGAAUCUUACCAACCGCAUCGGGAUUUCCCCAAUGUUGAUGUUUCUGCGCGAGGGACAACUGGCCCUGUUCAAGUUGGCUUCAACAAUAGUGUCUCGAUCUGGUGUAACAAAUUCGUUCAAGCAUGUCUCAACGUCGGCAUCCCGUCAACCAAUGACUUUAAUGGACCUAAUGGAACUAUAGGCGCUGCUCGAGUGAUGACAUACGUUGACAACAAACGCGAGCGUUCUUCUGCAGAAGGGGCCUAUUUGACCCCUGAAGUUCUUGCCCGGCCUAAUUUGGUGGUGGCUAUCAACGCCACGGUGACCCGUGUUCUAUUCGAGCGAGACGUUGAGUCGACAGUGGCAUCUGGCGUCGAGUUCGCAAACUCUGAGGACGGCCCUCGGUUCCAAGCAAGGGCCAAAAAACAGGUUAUUAUCUCGGCAGGCGCAGUUCAGUCACCCCAUCUCCUUCUUCUUUCUGGCAUUGGUCCCACAGAGCACCUUCAGGAGCAUUCUAUUCCAGUUGUCCAUCAUCUUCCUGGUGUCGGCAAGAAUUUGGUAGACCAUCCUAUCUUCGACAUGAACUUCUUGCAGAAAGGCUGUGUACAAUCCUUCGCGUAUCUCAAGCCUAAAAAUUUGAUUGAAACCUUUUGGGCUUUGAGCGCCGUCGCUCGUUAUUCACUUGGAGCAGGAGGCCCCUUGGCAAUGAACUACGGUGAAGCGGCUGCAUUUGUUCGCACUGAUGACCCUGUCCUAUUCCCCGCCUCUGAAUACCCGGAAAAGUUAAUCGAUUCAACUUCUGCAAAGGAUAGCCCCGAUCUGGAAUAUUUUUCCACUCCGAGCGCUUAUAAGCAACAUACAGCUGUCAUACUUGAAGGCCAUACAUAUGCUAUUCAUGUAUACCUUGUCAGGCCUACAAGUCAUGGCACUAUCCGCUUGCUCUCUUCAGAUCCAUUUGCGUACCCAAGAGUUGAUCCAAAUUAUCUUGCCACACGCGAAGACCUCGUUAAACUUGUCCGCGGCGUCCGUCUUGGCCUGAAAAUUUCCCGUCAAGAUCCUCUCAAAUCUAUUCUCGACCACGACUCGUUGGAUCCACAAUUUGAUCACCAACUGUACCUAAAGACUGACGCAGAACUGGAAGACAUUGUUCGCGAACGUGUCGAAACCGUGUACCACCCCACAUCUACAUGUCGUAUGGCGCCGCUGGAAGAAGACGGCGUGGUCGACUCUAAGUUGAAUGUAUAUGGUAUCAAAGGUUUGAAAGUGUGUGAUGCCUCUGUCUUCCCCUCGAUUAUCUCUGGGCAUACGGCUGGAGCAUGCUUUGCCAUCGCUGAGAAACUGGCAGACCAGAUUAAGGCUGAGUUAUGA